AUGAGUAUGGUACGGACGAAAGACACUGCGCUUUACAAAUGUGCUUAAAUUGAUCAAAAUCUUGAAUUUGACAAGGUGCUUAAUAUUUGCUUAUAGAUGGAAGGGCAAGGGACAGUUGUAUUCAGAAUCCACUUGUUACCGAGGGGAACGAAUCAUUAGGAGUAAUGGGGAAUAAUACACCCAAACCACUUAUAGACACAAGCCUGGAGCACCGCCUGGUGGCUAGCCACCAGUACUACAGCCUUCCCCACAGAGUGGUGGAGCAGCGCAUGCCUGUUCCUGCGUCUCCCCCACUCAGCUCCAGCCCAGAGUCGCCACGCUUCCACCCACACGCUAAGGGCAAGAACAUCCGUCUGGAUGCACAACUGCGGCGCGCCACACGCAAGAACAGCUUUUGCAAUGGCAUCACUUUUAGCCAACAGCCAGUGUGCCUAUAUGAGAAGGUGCAUCUACGUCUGUCAGGAGUACACACAGGCUGGAGUGGUGCACUUCGCUUUGGCUUCACCAGCUUGGACCCUGGGGAGCUUGCUAUGGCUGACAUCCCCAAGUAUGCAUGCCCUGACCUGGUGACACGGCAAGGGUACUGGGCCAAGGCUCUACCUGAAAGGCUGGCAGCAUGCGACAACGUGCUGGCCUUCUGGGCUGACCGGCAUGGCCGUGUCUUCUACACAGUGAAUGAGGGUGAGCCUGUCCUUUUUCACUGCGGCCUGAGUAUAGGUUGCCCACUUUGGGCAAUCAUAGACAUCUAUGGCAUCACACAGGAGGUCACAUUGCUUGAGAGCACAUUUGCUGACAGCACGGGCACAAAUUGUUUGAGCACGACCCGCAUUACCACCUAUCUGCCUCAGAGCAACCAUGACUCGGCCAACUACAGUAACAACCAGCUGGAAACCAACCAAGCAGCAGCUGCUAAGAUGGCCUCCCUUCAGUUUAGCAACUAUCACCAGCUCAGCCCCUGCAGCUCUUCUUCCUCCACCUCCUCCUCCAUCCCCUCUUCAUCCACCUCUAUCAUCAGCCAAAGAUCCACUCGAGGUGUGCCCCUGACCCUUGAUGCUGACAUGCGCUUUAACACUGUGCAUGGGGCUGACGUGGUCCUGUCCAGUGACCGUACUGUUGCCUGCAUUCACUUCCUGGACAGCAGCCGUACUCUGGUGUUUAGUGACAGGCCUGUACGGCUGGGUGAGUCCUUAUACGUGGAGGUGGGCCACUUAGGUCUGCCCUACUUUGGUGCCCUCUUGUUUGGGAUGACCUCGUGUGACCCGGGCACACUCCACACUGGGGAGCUGCCAGCUGACCCAGAUGUGCUCCUGGAUCGCAAAGAGUACUGGGUGAUGUACAGGGGUUUCCCUUCACCUGGCCCAGGUGAUGUGCUUAGCUUCACCAUGCUGGACAAUGGUGAAGUGCAUCAUGGUGUGAACGGAGCAGCCCACGGUCGCCUGCUGUGUGUUGAUUCCUCUCAGGUGCUAUGGGCCUUCUUCACCCUGCAUGGUGCUGUCAACCGACUCAAGAUAUUGGGAACUUUGCCGGAAAGCCACUGCACCCCCUCCUUUGUGUCCCGAGGAAUAGCAUGUGAUGACAGUAACUCUGACUUGGCAUUCAGUGUAAACAGGUCCUCAUCUGCCUCAGAAUCCUCCCUAGUGACAGCUCCCAGCUCUCCUCUCAGUCUUCCUGUCUCACCAAGCCUCUCAUUCCCAGAGGUGCCAAUAAGCAACAAGAGCAGUGAAUGCACUGUGUGCUUCGAUCAGGAGGUAGACACAGUCAUUUACACAUGUGGACACAUGUGUCUCUGCAAUGACUGUGGACUAAAGCUGAAGAAGCAAAAAAAUACCUGCUGCCCAAUUUGCCGGCGGCCUAUUAAGGACGUAAUCAAAACCUACAGGCCAUGAAGGCCGGUUGGACAUGUCCAAGCAAUGAACUGAACAACACCGUCCAGUUGUGAACUUGUAUAUCAAGGCCCCUUUGUAGCUUUGACUCCCAUAGAGUAAUCUUCUGCCUAAUAUUUUGAGCUCCUUUUGAAAAUAUGAUGCCAAUGGCAGCUGAAGAUAUGACUUCUUUGGAAUCGAUUAAUAGGGUUUGUCUGAUGUUUGCUCAGCCAUUUCAGUGCCUUUGACAUUCACCUCUAAAGCAUCACUUAACAACCCGACAAUUAUAUUUGAUAUAUUUAGUAUAUAUUAGAAUAAAGCAACAUGGAACAUGUCAUCAGGAGGAUGUAGUGCAUUUUUAACAAACAUUCACAUGUGUAAUGGAUGAAAACAUGGAAAGUGAAUAUUUUUGUUUGGUAUUUUACAGGUGUUGUGUGUGAAGAUGAAAGAAAACCUUUGUAUGUGUGUCGAUGACUGAUGACUUGGUACAUUUAUUGCACUUUACUAAAUGUAGACUAAAUCUGCAUCACUAGAAACACAAGAAUUCUCCCCCUACAAAAAUGUAUGACAUUUAUGCAUUUACAAAAGGACUGAUUUAAUUAUAUAACAUUUUUGUAAAAGAAAAUUAUUUUUAUAAUCAUGUGGUCAUGUAAAAUUGUAACGUAAUGAGAAGAUAAAUGCAUUCUUUUGUUAUAUCUGAAAAAAGUCAUGAGGAAAUCCUCACACGUUUUAUCUACUAUGGACUUCCAGACAUUCAACAGAUUUUUCAAAUGAUGUCAGAUGUUGUGGUUCAGUUAUAAACCACACUAGGAAAAAACAGAAACUUUGUAAGACAAACAUGGGAUGAGAGAAUUUUAAUGCAAAAUUCCAUUUACAUAUAUCUAGAACAGCAAUGCAAAGGCAAAUAUCUGCUAUCAAUAUUAAAGGCCCCUUAACCGUCUAAUAAAAUUGCUCAUUAAACUUAACAGUCACAGUUUAAACUGAAGUCAUGUACACAAGCUAACAAGCCUUUUUAAUUGCCCUUUUCAAAUGAAUGUUUCUUAAAACAUGCUUCACAUUUACUGCUGUACAACACAGGAAUAUGAAUUGCUGCCAUCGGACCACAAUUUUUUUCCCCCUUGUAGUCUGAAAGAAAAUUUUAGGGUGAAGAGCUAAAACAAUGGUGUCCAGAAAAAUGUCUCCCUUCAGAGUUUAUUUAGAUCCCUAAUUUGACACUCAAAUUCAGAAUGUUGGAGAUUUAGCAUUGUUAUUCCUCUACAGGCUCAGAUUUAGGCAUGUUCCAUGUUAUGGAACUGAAACUGCUCUCAGGAAAGAGUUGACAGGUAAG